UCUGCUGUAAGCAGACUAGGUUUGCACUGGAAAGACUCUCAGAGCUCCACAAGGUUGCUUGUUCCUGGCAUCAGAUCCUUCAUGCUAGAAUUCUUGAUGUUUCAAAGGUAUCUCCAGGAAACCUGCAACCUCUGAACUUGUGGUGGUUCCCGGUGCACAGGUGCUAUGGGGUUCAUGCCAGGGAGCAGCUGCUCUUCUCUGUGCCUCCUGGGGGCUCUGGCCUUACUCCUGCGACCCUCCAACUCGCAAGGUUGUGGUUCCCCCCCUGUGAUUCCACACGGGCACUACACAUACCUUACCGGAUACCUGGCGCUCACUACCGAGGUGCAGUAUGAGUGCAACGAAGGAUAUGCUCUGGUCGGAGCAGCCAUAAUCUCCUGCAGGUUUCUGGGAUGGUCAUCACCAGCUCCUCAGUGUCAAGCUCUGUGCCUAAAGCCAAAGUUACCAAAUGGAAAGCUGUCUGUGGACAAGGAGCAGUAUAUCAGUCCUGAAACUAUCACCGUCCGGUGUGACCCUGGAUAUAGGAUGGUUGGUUCCCAGAGGAUCUCCUGCUCAGAGAACAAGUCUUGGAGCCCAGCUGUGCCCAGCUGUGAAAAGCAAGUUCCUGAAGAUCGUAAUAUUGUCCAAGCAGGCAAAAACCUCUUACAGUGUCUCCCAAGUCCCAGGGACUCAAAAAUGGCGCUGGAGUUACAUAAACUUUCUCUGGAGAUUGAAAAACUGGAGCAAGAGAGAGACAAGGGGAAAAUCAUUUAAAUAUGCUACACCUCUUUUCCCAAGAAGAAGAAGCAAAGAUUUGCCUUUCUACAUAGUUGAGAGAAAAUCUCAAUUUACCAACUCCAUUUAGGCAUCAUCAUUUAUUGUAAUACAUAACUUUGGUAGAACUUGCUAAUAUGCAUAGUGACCCUGGAAUGAGAAAUUAUUAAUAAUUUAUAUAAGUAAUAUUCUGCUUAAAUUUUUAUACUUCUGGAUUUGGUAGGUUACCUGAAAUAAAUAAUUGCUGGUAAAAA